UUUUUCUAAUACACCCCCAAAACCCCAUUUCCGAUGACGGAGGAGUUUCAAGAAUCCGAUCUUGUCUUCCCGGAGAAACCCGCCGGGAACGGAAAAGAAAUCCGGUGUCCGAAAGUAGGGAAGAAAAAAUCCGAUAAGAAAAAGCAGAAGAAAGUCUCGGUUCCGAUGAGCAUUCCGGAAGAAUUUUCCGGGAGUUCAUGGAUACGACAGUAUUUGGAAGCACAUUCAAAAGACGACGAUGACGGAAAAGGGGAAGAGAGAGUUCCGCCACAUGUGGUGGUAGACCGACGAGUCGCCGGAAAAGCAGCGUUUUCUCUUUGUUCCGGCAACGGGAGGACAUUGAAAGGAAGGGAUUUGAGUGAAGUCAGGGACUCAAUCCUUAGGAUGACGGGGUUUCUUGAAUCUUGAUGGUUUCUAUUUAAUUGAAAGAAGUGAGUUGGUAGAUGAAAUGGAUAAAUGUGUUGGUUUUCAAUCGUGAAUCAGGGUUUUUAAAUGGCACGAAUGAUGUAAUCAAAAUUUUGGUUGAAUCUUUGCUAUGGAUGAUGUGAAAUUCAUUAGUCCAAGCUUUUGUCCAUCAUGUAUAGAAAAAACAAAGAAAGAGUGAAAUACAUGAAGUAAUUAUGAA